CAAAGAAAUAUGGAAACCAUGGAAACGAAGAGGAAGUUUAGUGCCGUGAUAGCUCAAUCCAACUCCGGAAUAAAUUCAUAAUUUACAAUUUGUACAUUACGUCGCGUGGAACUUACAACUCACCGUAGCAUUCUUCAUAUAUCUACUCAGAUAAGAACUGACUGUCUUUUUCAAAAACGUGUAUUGGUUGCGUAGUUUAGCUUUGCCAGUGCUUCUUCUGUCGAAGUUAGCUUAGAAAGCUAACGCUAAUACUUUGGGAGUGGACAUGUUCAAAGCAAAAAUACUCUUUAUUGGCCCCAACGAGAGUGGGAAAACAGUUCUUGCUAAUUUUCUCUCCAACACAGUAGAAAAUGUGGAAGGUGAAUACAGACCAACGCAAGGAGUGAGGAUACUGGAAUUCGAAACACAACCUGCAGUGGCAGGUGGUGACAACACAAAAUGUGAGGUUGAACUUUGGGACUGUUCAGGAGAUUUUAAAUUUGAAUCAUGCUGGCCUGCAAUGAUGGAGGACUCCAGCGGCGUGGUAAUCAUUUUCGACCCUGAUGUUCCCAGUCACCUCAACGAAAUAGAGACGUGGUAUUCGAUGUUCAUCUCCUCUCGGGAUCUGCAGGACAAACAGUGUUUGCUCAUAGCUCACCACAAGCCCGGCAGCACCGUGGAAGAUGGACCGCUGCCUAUAGCCUUACAUUUGCGACAACUGGAGCUUGUUCAUUCAAACCUGGAGGAAAAAUCAGAAGAUGUGAGGAAAACUUUCUCCAGAUACUUGGGAAAUAUUGUCAAAGCAAUGUCGGAAAGUCGUGAGCGAGAGGAGAUGUCCAUCAUUACAUAGCAGCAAUGUCUGUAAAAUAUGCAGCUUAACCAGGAUGCUUUUUUUCUGCACCAAUAAUCUCUCAAACACUUUGGCUAAAACUUUACCUACCGUUUACUGUGUGUGUUGGUUCUUGAUUCCUCAUGUUUGGUAUGUUGUUUGUGAAGGAAAUAUAGCCUUAUUAAUUUGCUCAAUUUGUAAAUGAAUAUUUAAGGAAACCUCUAUGGCUACGGGAAUUGUUUAUUUGUAACUGGUGCAAGUUGUUGAGAAAAUUAGAAGUGCAAAAAGAGAAAGAACAGUACAACAUUUAGACGUCGUAUGCGAUUAUCCCUUCAUUGCUGAUGCACUCUCCAAUGUAGAACCACAUCAGCACCCCAGUGGCCACAAGUUCACUCUCAAAGGCAUCCUGCGACCCCCCCACACUCGAAAGAAAUAUGUAUAUUAAUUCACUCGAGACAAUUCAUUAACUGGCAUUCAGUAGAAUUUGAAAAUUAAUUAUGGUUAUAUAUUUAACCGAGGCCUGACAUUGUACAAUCAAAGAAUAAUUGUGUGCAAAAAGCCCCUUUCCAGUCACAUUACAUUACAUGUCAUUUAGCUGAGGCUUUUAUCCAAAGCGACUUACAAUAAGUGCAUUCAACUAUAAGGAUACAAACCCAGAGGAACACAAAACAAGAAAGUGCAAUUUCAUCAAAUAAGCCAAUUUACAACUUGCUAUAGAUAAGAGCCAUUAUACGUACAAUUUAAGUGGUACACUUCGUCAUAUGAUUACACAAAUCACAGAUAACACACUGGAUACACACACACACACACACACACUAACAUAUACUACUCUCAUACAUUUCAUUGCAACUUGUAUUUCACGUUUGGUAACAUUGGGAGUUUUUUUCUGCUAAUUUCUACUAAACUGACUGAGGCGGCAUUUCUCAUUUACUUCUAUCGUCACAAUACAGUUAUUGAGUCAUUUAUAUUGGAUGUCAUUACUUCAUAUUUGGUUCAUUAUUUUGAAGUUAUGCAUUUAGUGACUAGAACAAUAAAGGCCAAUCACUUCUCAGA